CAGCAGUAAAACCUACUAAUGUACAACUGUGCGUGUCUAGCCGCUGUGGAGACAUAUGACAACCACCCAACCCACCCCCAGCCCAUCCCAUAUGUAAGUCAUCCUGCUGUUCUGCCCCCGUUUAGCCACCGGGAUAGUGAAGCACCAGGCACACACACACACACACACACACACACACCCAAACGCUCACGUGGCCCCUGAGGUUCGCUUCCGGAGUACUUGGCCUGGCUGGUUGGUUGGUAGAGAGGACAGUAUUAUGGUAUGGCCGGUUCGUCCUUGCUCGACACUCGGAAGCCCGCUGGGGAGCAUGUUGAUGCCACCGCACGUUCCGAACUUGUUCAACAAUCAACGUCAUCCACUUUUCACCGUUGCUUUCUUUCUCCGGAAGCGCUUCCACCUCCCUGACACGAGCCACCAGACGCCCAGUUGCCCAUACCAAAUCCUCCUCCCCAGGUACGUUGCCUGUGCUUGAGGGUGGCCAUGCUUAACAUGCGUAACGUGUCCUAGCCCCUCGUCGGCACCCAUGGUCCAUGUUGGACUCGGGGCCAUCCGACAAGGUGGCGAUGCGACUGGUGUGCCUCUUUGCCAGUCAGUGGCCGGCUUCCUGGGACGAAUGGCACGUCUUACACAGCACCUUAUCAGUCGGAAGGGAUAUCGAGAUUUUGGGGCUGCGGCGUCGGCACACAGGCAUCCACUUUUCAGUUAAGAUGGCCAUGGAACGACCCGUCGACGGAAUACCACAUGUCAACAGCGAUGGACCUUGCUGUGAGUUGCCUUCACAUCACGAGAGCGAGACAAGUAGAUAGUGUAGGUGUGUUUCGUCAGUGACACAUCUCUCACCGGCUCCCGAUACAGACGAUGAACACAUUGUA